GAGGUAGCACGUCCGGAGCGAGCACCCGCCUUUUCUUUAUUAACUUCAACGGGAACGUGCCACUGUGAAUGAAAAAUCGGUGUUCUAACUUUUCUGUGUUUGUGAUAAAAAGGGGAUUCUAUAAACUUUACCUUACAUAUAAAAAAUGCAAGCCAGGAAACGUCAGAGGAAAAGGCGAGUGAAGAGGAUUAGUGUCGUGAGAUGGACGUGCCAUAGAAAAAUGUAACUUAUAGUAGAGAAAAUACAGUUCAAAAUGGGUUUUUGGCCAACAAUGGGUAGAUUUACGAACAGAGAUUUGCUGGUGGUAGUUUUGUUCUUGUGCAGGACAAUAGUUUGUGACAGCCAGUGUCCAAAGUUUGCGGAAAAGCCACUCGAGACCAGAGUUCAAGAUGCGACUAUCGUUUUUAGGGCGGUGGUCGUGCAAACACAUUAUCAGAGAAAAACACUAGACUUGGCGCUAGUGUCAAUAUACAGAGGGGGAGUGGAGUUGGCUUCCAUUAGUCAGUACGCAGGUUCACCAUAUAAUACUACAGAUAGACAAGUAAACCUCAAAAUCAGUCCACAACUGGGUGACUGCUUCAAUUGGAGCAUGGCGCCAUCACAGAGUGAGCUGGUGGUCUUCGCGAGGAUCAGUGACCCCGCAGUAGACUUGGAGACCACGCCGCCUGACGGGCCGUGGCUGGAAGCUACGUCAGCUGCCGUACCCUGGAGUUUAGGCGUUGAUAUAGCUAUAUGGAACGCUGUCGGUUGGGCCGGGUGGGGCGAAUGGGGGGCUUGCAGUAGGACCUGUGGUGGGGGUCGGCAGACCCGCAGGAGAUACUGCGCCAAGCCCACCUGUGAGGGCUACGGGGAACAAGGAAGGGCCUGUAACUCUUUCAACUGUGAAGGUACAAUAAAUCCUCUGGCGCCGGGCGCUAGGAGGAAUUUCCACCCAGCCCAGGCUCGGUGGGGCCCCGUGUCGGAUCGACCGCAUGCCUUCAGUCUUAGACCCAAUUCUUACAUCUGGAUUGCGUCAUCAGAACUGUUCUCUGCGGGGAAGACGUUUCCUAGAGAAUUCACACUAUUCAUCUCCCUCAGAUUACGGCCAGAAAGUGGAGGUUACGGGCAAGGGACCCUCUUCUCCCUUCGGUCUCGGAGACGCACGGGCUCCUUCCUAUCUUUGGAGCUGGCUGGCCGAGGGGCGGCACGACUGGUCCACGCCGGGUCGGGCACAUCCCGAUCUAUUUACUUAGCCGUACCGUUGUAUGACUUUCGCUGGCAUCAUAUUGCUAUCAGUGUUCACGAUGACAACACAGUACGUGCGUAUGUCGACUGUCGCUGGCUUAGAACUGAUGUUCUCGAGAAAGAUGCUCUCGACACACCGAGGGAUGCUGACCUCAUUAUAGGAUAUCUCUUCUCAGGCGAUCUCGAACAGCUGGUGUUGGUGCCAAAAGCCGGCCAAGCUCAGAAUCAGUGUUCCAGCCAAGUGGCUGGCAUCUCCACACCUUAUGUCACAACACACGAAACGUAACUGGGAUUUAGAAGAUUAUAUCACCGUCAAAUUUGGAGCAACGUAGCCAAGUAAGAUUGUAUGUACGAAAGGACGAUUGUAAAACGUUGAAACGAAGGUAAAAUUACAUAAUUUUUGUUGUGUUUUUCAUGCUAAGGGUGCAUCUACACGGUGCAAGUGACAAUUGACAAGUGACAAGAGCACGCGGGUGGGUAUUUCGCUUUGGUACAUGCGCCAGUCACUGGACUCACACGUUUUGAAAAUGCAUGUAACCUGCUCAUGUGCCUCAACAUCGCAAGAUACUUGCACUCUGUAUAUGCAGCAUAAAGAAUUGUUCAUGAACACAAAUGAUGAACCUUUUUUAAAAGUACCUGAUACAAACAAUAAAAAACGUCAAACAGAAUAAGGGUCGGUCCCAUAGCCGCGCUCAUGUACGCAAAAUUUAUGGUAACGGCCCCCAGUAUUGCAACAUUCAUUCACCGUGCGUUUAUCAACGGUGUCCUUAUUAAAAUUUACCGUUUUAAUUUUAUGAUAGGUGUACGGCCGUUGCUUUAAGCACCUCAUAUGAAUAAUUUCUCUUUUUUCAUUAAAAAGAGCAUCGUUUUGAAAAGUACCUAAUUUUUGAAUGUAACGAACAAUCAAUAAUAUUGUAAGCUCAAUAAAUAUUGGUAAAGUAAUGUAUAAAUUAGGACCAUAAUGCUGUAUAGACUAAAUAGAUAACGUAAACUGCUAAUAUAUACGAAACCAUUAAAUAAUAAAUGUAUUUUAUUUUUUAGUUUAUCGAAAUCGCAUUUGGGUUUUCUGAGCUUUCUGUGCAGUGAAAAAUGUUCAAAACUUAAUUUAUUAUAUCUUGACAUUCAUAAUUGAAUUGUAAAAAUAAAACUAUAAUUUAAAAUUGAUUUAUUUCUCGCUUAAUGUUUUUCGUGAUUACUUUACGAAGAUGAAAUAAUUUAUUUUAGUCAUAUAAGUAUUUUAAUGUAAUUAUUUGUUAUACAUUUAUAUAUAAGUUUAUAUGACACGAUAUAAUAUAAAAAUCAAUAUAAUUGUAAUAGAAGAGUAUUAUAGCAUUUGAGAUACUAGCGUUUCUUACAUUAGCUGGCCUAAAAGUUGUAAAUAAAUUCUUUGAUAGUGACUUUCAAUAAUUGUAAUAAAUAAUGUUAGGAUUUUUUGUAUAAUUUAUUUAGAAAUUAUUUUAUUAUUUCAAUAAGUCAAGUUGAAGAUCCCAUUUAUUUAUAUUAUGUAUUGAUAUAAAAAGGAACUGUUUAAUAUUUCUCUUGGAUAAUGAAAUAAAGAAGAUUAUACAUG